CUCGAUAACGGCAUACGGGUCGUGUCGCAGGAAACAUACGGACAAGUCAGUACCGUCGGGGCCGUCGCACAAGUCGGUAGUCGCUUCGAACUGCCUUACGAAACCGGCACCUGCAAUCUCCUCGAAGUCCUCGGAUUCUCCUCCACCGCGCAGCUCUCCGGCCUCGAAAUCACCAACUGCCUGCAAGACUGGGGCGGCACGCCUUUUGUUAAUCUCAAUCGGGAGCAGUCCCUGCAUUGUAUCGAUUUACUCCGACCCAACGUGGAAAAAGCCGUCGCCUUGUUGGCGCAGGCGUUGCUGGAACCGCAAUUUCGUGCCGAAGAAAUUGAAGACGCCAAACGAGCACUCGAAUUUCAAGCCCUCGAUAUGCCUCCGGAGCUCUUGCUCGGAGAGGGCCUGCAAGUAGCCGCGUACGGAGAAUCGCAACAGUUGGGACAAGCCCACUUUCCGGCAUCGACGGAAUCGCUCAAUAAUUUGUCACCGGAAACGGUCGCCAACUUUUGGAGUCGUCAGUUACUCCACAAUACUCCCGGAAUCGUAUUGGCCGGUGCCGGAGUCCGACACGACAAAUUAGUGGAAUACGCCGACCGAUUUUUUGGUCACAUGCCCGGACCAACAUCCAGCGCCAGCACGACACCAUCGCCUCAGGUUGCCAUUACACGUUCGACCUACCGCGGUGGACAGGUCCGUAUACACCGCCCGUACAACCCGCAACUUGAAGACAAAGAUCUUGUACGCAUUGCAUUGGCUCUACACGUCGACGACGGUUGGCACGGGGACGACUUGGUUGGCGUCUGCGUCCUCCAAACCCUCCUCGGCGGUGGCAAUUCCUUUUCCGCCGGUGGCCCCGGCAAGGGCAUGUACAGUCGCCUCUACCGACAGGUACUGAAUCGGUAUAAUUGGGCCGAAUCGGCCGAAGCCUUUACGGUCUUUUACGAAGAAGCGGGACUCUGGGGAAUCAGUGGUUCCACACAUCCCGGUCGCGCGCGAGAAAUGACCAAAGUCCUGGCCGAGCACGUACUGCGACUAGCCAGCACACCCGUGACGGACGAAGAAUUGUCCCGCGCCCGGAAAAUGCUCAAAAACAACGUCUUGACGCAACUCGAAUCGCGGUUGGUUCUAUUCGAAGAUAUGGGACGGCAGAUACUGACGUACAACAGCCGGCAAGACAUGCACCAAGUUUGCGCCAAGAUUGAUGCCGUGACGGCGGAUGAUCUGGUCCGGAUUGCGCAAAAUUCGUUGCGUCACCCACCGACGCUGGCCAGCGUAGGAAGCAACCUUGCCUACGUACCGCAACAAUCCGAAGUGUCGGAGUGGUUUCCUUAA